UAUUGCAAGGAAGCCGUGCUGUGGAGGCAACUUUUCAGUGAGCACGUCUUACCAUUCUACGGCGUGUACUGCUGGCCCGAAAGACCGUCCUUCGUGUGCCUCGUGUCGCCAUGGAUGGAAAAUGGAAAUAUCGUUGACUUCCUCAAAAUAUACCCAGACGCAAAUCGACGUUCUCUGGUGAUGGAUGUGGCUCGUGGUCUCAGAUAUCUACACUCCUUCAACCCCCCGGUGGUUCAUGGCGACUUGAAAGGCAACAACAUCCUAAUCACUCCAUCUCGCCGGGCGUGUGUGGCAGACUUCGGCCUCUGCACGCUUGUAUCAGAAUCUGUAGCGCAAUCCGCUACGACUUCAAACGGAAUGGGUGCCCUAAUAUACAAGGCUCCCGAAUUACUGGAUUCUGCUAAAAGCGAGUCGAAUAUGAAAACCUUGAAAAGCGAUAUUUACGCAUUCGCCUGUGUGUGCUACGAGAUUUUUGAUGGCCAUCCACGAUUCUCUGAAAUGAGUGUUCCUCAACUCAUUACGGCUGUUGUCAACGACGAGCGACCUUCUCGGCCUGUGGCACUCCAGUUGGAUGACGAUAUGUGGAACCUCAUGAACCAAUGCUGGCAAAAGAAUUCUGCAUCUCGCCCUUGUGCAAUAGACAUUGUCCAAUGUUUGCAAUCUAUGGACACGAAUGCAGGAGGUACGUCACCCGUAGAGCUCAAUCCUGACCCCAGCCUAAGACCUGCCGUCGAGGUCCCCGACGAAGGCUCUGAAUCACAAGCACACACCAUCCCUUCUAUAACUGGGCAAAGGGUAUCUCUGAUGCCGCACAGGUUAAUCAUUGAUCCUAUUAACCCAGACACGAACUCAAACUCUAACCCGACGGAAGAAAAUGAUUCAAGAGAAACCUUGGCAGACGAUCCAAGUGAACAAGUAAUGGGUUCGACCGGGACAGGGAAGAGUUCGUUCAUCAACGCCGCAACACGAAGCGAGUGUGCCAGGGUUGGCCACGACAUGGAGUCAUGCACUCAGGGUGUUACUUCUUUUGCUUACCCUCAUCCCGAUGGAAGUGGGCGCAACGUGGUGUUUGUGGAUACCCCUGGAUUUGACGAUAGUGUGAGAACAGAUCAUGAAGUUCUUAAAGAAAUUGCUGCGUGGUUGAAGAAAACCUACAAGGAACGCGUCACCUUGAGCGGCAUCCUAUUCUUUCAUCGAAUUACAGAGAGCCGAAUGCGUGGGACACCCUUGAGGAACUUGUCAGUGUUCAAGGAGUUGUGUGGUACGAACGCACUUGAAAACGUCAUCUUGACCACGACUAUGUGGGACGAAGUUCUCGAACAUAUUGGAUCACAGCGGGAACAACAGCUGAAGACGCAAUUUUGGCAGGAAAUGAUGUCGCAUGGAUCCCGAACAGCCAGAUUCACCGCUUCCUUUGAUUCGGCAUGGGAGAUCGUCAAGCAUUUUGACGCCACAACUCCUCGACCCGUCCAGUUGCAAAAAGAAAUGGUAGACGAAGGAAAAGCGCUUUCCGAAACGUCAGCAUAUGCUGUUUUGACACGCUGGUGGACACAGCUCGUUGCUCAUUUCCGACAAUUGCUUCGGAAGACCUCUCGGUCGUCGAGUAAUAGGCGCGCAGUUCAACGCCAACUCACUGAGGCAGUGCGUCAGCACACAGCGCUUCAAGAUGAUGAACGAUCAGUGAGCUCAUCUAUGAGCUCGUUCAGUGCCAUUGCUAGUGUAAUAAGUUCGUCGUAUCACCGUUUGAUGAAUUAG